CAGCGCGGCGACCAUGAACCUGUUCUUUGGUGUGCCUGCCCAAUACCACGGCUCGAAGCAUGUGGUCAAGAUGGCGCUCGAGGCGGCACAGAUGCUCUACACCGCCCAUUGGGUCCUCGACGGGCGCGGGUGGGUCGACGAGCGCGUCGAACGCGGCGAACCGCCACCGUUCAACAAAGCGCGGAGCCGGCGCGGGUUCCGGGCCAUGCAGGCCGGUAUGUUGCUCGUUCAGUGGGUCCGCGAGAGCCUUCAGAACUACAUGUAUACCGUAGAUGUGGCCGACGAUCUCCUCGCCGAGUACGCGCUGCGGAGCUGCAAGCACUCGGUCCUCGAGGCCCAUCUCGAGUGGCUCCGGCACCACCCACCGAUGGCGCUGGCGGUCUCGGAAGCUUCAUCGACACUGACUGUUCCGCCGUGCUACGUGGUCAAGGAUCUGGUCUUCCGCCCGGCGUCUUGGGAGGUGGUCCAUGAGCUCUACCACGUCUUUUAUACUACGUCCAAGCGCGAGCUGGCGAGCGAUCUGCGCGUGGCCAACCCCAAUCUUGUCCGCAAGGGUCUCGAGUGGGAGACCUGGAUGGAUGCACACAAGGGCGUGACGGUAGCCGACGUCAUUGCCAAGUACGAUCUCAAGCCGAUCACCUCGCUCGAGCCGUUGUAGGCUCGCAGCCAUGUGACAAUCUUGUUGCCGCCGCUCGAGUCGGAGCGGCUGCAGCUCAGCGGCGGUGCCAGAACAUGCCAGCGAGCGCGGCAGCGCCAACGACGACGAGGCUGGUGAGGCCUGCACAGGCAACAACCGACGCGCAUGAGGCAACCGGGCAGGAUGCAGCGGCAGGCGCGGUGAGAGCAGCGGGGGCGUAGACGGCGGGCUCGGGCGAGGGGUCGAGGGCGAUGACCUUGAUCUCGACCAGAAGCUUGGCCGGGUUGGGCAGCUGGUGGACGGCGACGGUGGUACGGCUUGGCCCCGACUCGGAAUCAAAGUACUCGUUGUAAACCUCGUUCAUGCCCG